UUAAGCGGGCACUAGUGAGGGUCCCAAAGCUGUCCGCUUAAUACAGGUUUCACUGUAGUUACCUUUUACAUGGGAUCCGUUAGCCGAGAGGCUGAUGUUAUGACCUUACAAGUCCGUGUCGCGAUCUGAUUAGCUUAGCCUCGUUGACUUUUCGCUCACAACAUGGCAACUCGAUCAGUCUCGUCGUCUAAUUGUUAAAAGUUCAAAUAUGAAUUAAGAGCAGCUACUCAAUCUUUUACACUUUUUCUAGGUUUAAGGACAAUAACAUCAUCGACAAGGACUUGUUCAACUAUAGCAAUACUCUUGAAAUUCCUGACGUGACUGGUCUGACUGGAAGUUUCCGUUGUCGCGUAACAAAUCAGUUUGGUUCAGAAUUUUCAGCUUCAGCUGAGUUGAUAGUAUUGGAAAAAUCUGCGGACUCUUGCUCUCCAACACCUAUUUCCAAGAACGAGACAUUGCCUACCGGUUGCACUAUUGAUGGCAAAAACACCACGAGCGUAGACGUUGGAGAGUGUAAACCUGCUGCAUGCGUGUCGGAAAAUACAACUUUCAAUUCUUCAUCAUGCACGGAACCUUCCCUAUGCUGUGGGCCUCGCUCGUAUGACAGUGUUCUAGUUCAGUGUAGGGCCCUUGUAUCGUUCAAUCUCUCCAUAAUUAAAACUUGUGGGUGUGGAAAAUGCAUAGAAAAACAAACGAUGAUACGAGGUAAAGUUAUAGGUCAAGAUGACAGCGCAGCCAUUUUAGUGGAACUAAUAUUUGCUGGAGAACUGGUUGAUAGAACCGAUGCAAAUGGCGACUUUUCUUUCGCUGUUCCAAAAAAAACGAAAAGGGUGAUUGUGACUUUUAGAGAUCGGAUUAUCAAAAAAUUUCAAGAAGAAGACAAAAUUUUUAACUUAAAUGAAGGACAGACAGUCACGUAUCGAGUGAAACUAAGAGAAAAACCAAAGCCUAUCACUUUUAAUGCCUCAGAACCAUUAGAAUUGCCGUUAGGUGGCGAGUCAGAUAGUUUUGCUGACCUUGAAAUACCGGAAAAUUCCCUCUUGACUCAAGAUGGUUCUGUUUUCAGUGGAAAUGCAAAAGUCACAGUCAGUGUCACCGAUCCUCGUAACCAAUCUGACAUUCUGACAGCUCCGGGAGAUUUUACUACCAUGAAUGAAGAUGGCGAGGUAGAGAUGUUAGAAACGUACGGCAUGAUAAAGCUGAAUUUAGAAGAUGACAAUGGAAAACCCCUGGCUAUGUCUAAACCCAUGAAAGUGUAUUUAGAUCCGGAAAAGCUAAAUAUAACUGUGUCCGAUGGAAAUGCCUCAGUAAAACUUUACUGGCUCGACAGGAAAACGGGUCGUUGGAGGGAGACUGGUGAUUUUUUUCCUCAAAAUGGGAGCAAAAGAAGAGGAAAGCGUUCAAAUCGUAUCUUUCUUGCUGGAACUGUGACACAAUCCAUAGCACAAGAAAAUCUUAAUUUUGAUUGGCCGUCGAUGAUCGUCGGUUUAAGAGUAGCAACUAACCCCGUAGAAGAUGGCGUUAUAAUAACGGCCAUUCGCAAAGAUCACAAAGGGUAUGUGAAGCGCAAUACAAAGCAUGGUGUCAUCUGCAUGCCGAUAUGGAAAGACAAGGAGUAUUACCUUCAAGCUGAAAAGAACUUCAGGUAUUACGAUCCCGAUCCUGCUCUUCGAGACUUUAAUACGACCUUUAGGCACGUUAAAGGCGGUGUAAAAGAAGUUAAGGGCGCCGGUAAAACCAUAAGCUUAUUUGAAUUUUAUAGCGGCCUGGUGAACCAAACAGGACCAAUUUACUAUGACGAUAGACCGGGCGGAAGAGAGAGGAGCAUGUGUGAACAGUCACUGAAUAGCGCACAACCGCAACCAAAAGGUAGCCAAUUUGUAUUUAAACAACCCCACACUACCCCCGAGGAAUACGCAUUGCUUAAUACGCUGGCAGACCUAUCUGAAUGGUUAUCUUCUGAACGUGGCGAAACAUGCUUUAUUAAAGUAACAAUAACAGGAAGUAGUGUCCUAUUUAUGGCGGCUAGCUACAAAAAGGAUGACCAAUCACAGAUUGGUGAAUAUGGUUUUCACCUCAGGAUGCCAAGGGUGGCUACUUCUGGAUCAGAUAAUAAAGUGGUUUGCCUUCAGUUCAGGUGCCCCAGAGCAAAUGAUCACACAGUUCUAGUUCUGACACCAAUCACUUCAGAAGCAACUUGCGUCUUAAACCAAACGGAUUCAGACUUGGUUAGUCCACAGUCAUCUUCUCAAAAAUGCCCUGGUUCCCUUCCCCCUACUAAAGGACAGGAAAAAUGGCUUUGUAUCCCUUGGUCGGACAGCGAAUUGUAUAGCACUUACAAAGGGCUUGACAAUAACGGUGAAGUUCGAUGCCUGAGAAGUAAUCAACGUUACCACGGCACAGACACUACAACAGAGGUACUCGCCACAGAGUUUUCUGUUAAAUAUGAUUGCAGGUCGAAUGAUGAUAGCUUUAAGAGCACCAUAAGAAUCUACAACUGGCCCAGAAUAAGAGAUAAAUGUUAUGUAAAAGUACUGGUCAUUGGAAGAAGAUCCGUGUUCAAGGUCGAGAGUUACAGAACAGACCAAAAUGGCCUGUUUGGAUACAGCACUGAUAUCACAAGGCCGACUAUUUUCAAUUCUUCAUUAUCAGCUGCUUGRCUUGAYUACAGGUGCGCACAGCCACCAGAAAAUACAUAUAUCGUAGUWAGGCCAYRURCAGCAGGUUGCCGUUUCUACAAAGCAGCAAGCGGUUUACGACCUUAUCAAAACCGUCUUUGCGGCUCCAGACAAUUUCCAAUUCCGCAAGGAGAAGAGCGUUCAAUAUGUGACGACCGACCAUUUUAUCACAACGGCAUCGAUGGCUUGUAUAAACCUUGGUAUGGAUCGUUUGGCACUGCACAGGGCAGCUGCCGAGCAGGACUGCGACCGUUCAGAUUUAUCGGGUCUAUGUUUUCUAGAGGCUACGCAUUAUAUUACGACUGUAGGUAUUAAAGUAUUGACUCAAAAAAAUGGCGAGCAUCAAACGGUGAUCAGCUUUGCCAGCACUCAGUUUCCGCAGGGAUUAAUUCCGGAUAAAAAAGCGCCACAGUUUGUACUCAUGGCUUAAGAAUUCGGUAUAAUUUCAAACUAAAAUUCGUCAACGACCUCUUAUUAAUACAUCUGUCAACUUGAGAAACCUCUUCUUGACAAAUUAUGCUUUAACCAAAUCUAGACCACUCUACGAAAUGGUCUAAAUUUGGGCUGAUGGAUAAAUGACAUAUGUCGCCUCUCCGAGUCUUUCAGAACCUCUAAGUGACCUUGCUAUAUCUAGCCUUAGCUUGCUAAGUGUCCUUAAGAUGGACAUCCUAAUAGGCCCUUUGCAGCUAAGCC